AGGAGGAGGAGGAGGAGAAGGAGAAGGAGGCCGAGCCCGCGGCCAUGGCGACCCUGGCCACCCCCAAGGAGGCCUUCGCCCACCUGCGCCCGGCCUGCGUGGGGCUGACCCGGACCCCGACGGUGGAGAGCGUGGGGCGGCUGGAGGCCCGGCUGCGGGCCGUCGGCGGCGCGGCCCUGCAGGAGCUGCAGGAGUACGUCCUCUUCCCCCUGCGCUUCACCCUGAAGACCCCCGGGCCCAAGCGGGAGGGCCUGGUGCGGCGGACGGUGGAGUGCCUGACCUCGGUGCUGUCGGCCACCCGCGUGCGGGAGCCGGCCCUCCUGACGGAGCUGCUGGCCGAGCUGUGCCUGUGCCUGGCCCCCCGGGCCCCCCGCCGCCCGGCCGCCGCCUCCGAGGAGCUGCAGCUGGCCGUGGCGGCCGCCCUGGGGGCCCUGGUCCGCUCGGCCGAGGGCCGCGCGGCCCUGGCCCUGGUGCGCCCGCCCGCCCGGCCCCACCUGGGCUUCGCCGUCUGGCUCCUGCUGGGCCUGGCCGAGCGGGAGGGGCCCGGGGCCGUGCGGGCGGCGGCGCUGGACGCCCUGCCGGCCCUGCUGCUCCAGGGCGACUGCCCCGGCCACCCCCGGGGCCCGGCCGAGAGGGAGGAGGCCGCCGCGGCCUCGGCCGCCUUCCUGCCGGGCGUGGCCAGCGCCCUGGCCCGGAUCGUGGCCGGCGACCCCCGGCAGGGGCACGCGGUGGUGGUCGGCGCCCUGCGGGCCUUCUCGCGGACGGUGGCGGCGGCCAUGGCCGACGGGCGGGCGGAGGGGCCGCCCCCGGGGGCGGCGGAGAGGCUGGCCGUCCUGGCGGAGCGCAUCGCCGCCGCCGCCGCCCCCCACCCCCACUGGAGGGUCCGGGCCGAGCUGGCGGACCUGGCCGGGCGCCUGCUGGGCGCCUGCCGCCGCUCCCUGGAGGCCGCCGCCGGGCCCCUCCUCGGGGCCCUGGCCGCCCUGGCCGCCGACGAGCACCCGGACGUCCGGGCGCGGGGCCUGGCGGCCCUGCCGGCGGAGGCGGCGCCGACGGACGGCCUGUGGACGGGGCUGCACGGCCUCGCGGCCGCCCUGCCCCGCCUGCUGGGCUCGGGGGACGACCGGCGGGAGCGGGCCGCCCUCCUCCGCCUCGUGGGCUACCUGCGCCUGCUGGGCCCCGGCCUGCCCGCCUUCCUCCGCUCCGGCCCCCACCUGCGGCGCCUGGCGUCCGCCCUGGUCCAGGCCGUGGACCCGGCCCCGGCCGGCCCCGCCGGGGUGGAGGAGGAGGGGGAGGGCGGGGCGGGGGGCGGCGGGCGGGGGGCCGCCGGGGCCGCCCCGCUCCUGCUGCUGGCCUGUCGCCUGGUGGGCCGCGGCGGCGACCUCUACCUCCUGGCCGACCACUUCACCGACCUCUACGUGCGGACCCCCGCCCUGCGGACCCAGGCGGCCGCCGUCCUCAACCAGCUGGUGGCCGGGGCCGCCGGGCUGGGCCUGGACCCCCCGGACCGGGCGGCCGGGGGCGCCGCCCCCGAGGAGCUGCGGGACGUGGCGGCCUCCGUCCUGGAGGAGUACACCGCCCGGGACCGCUGGUGGCCGGACGCGGCCGGCGGCGGGGCCCGCGCCGCCGCCGCCGCCGUCCGGCAGCUGCGCGUCCAGCUGGAGGGCGUCGGGCUCCUGGCGGAGGCCCUGGGGCCCGGCUUCCGCCCGCUGCUGCCCCGGGCGCUGUACCCGCUGCUGGAGAAGGCCGGGGACCGCGCCGGGCCGGUCCGCCGGGCGGCCGGGGCGGCCCUGGAGGCGGUGGGGCGGGCCUGCGGCUACGCCUCGGCCCGCGAGCUGGUGGGCCGCAACGCCGACUACCUGGCCGACGGCGUGGCGCUGGGGCUGAGGCGGGGGGUGGGCGGCGCGGGGGUCCUGGCGGCCCUGCUGGGGACGGCGGGGCCCGAGGCGCUGCCGCUGCUGGACGAGGUGGCCGCCGCCGCCCUGCGCGGCCUGGAACGCUCCCCGCUCGACCGCGCCGCCCUGGACGCCCUGGACGCCCUGGACGCCCUGCUCCGCGCGCUCGGUAGGGCCGGGGGCCGGGGGCCGGGGGGGCGGGCCCGGCGCGGCGUCACCGAGGCGGGGGAGGGUGAGGACGGCGGCGGGCGGCGAGCGGGAACGACGCCGCCGCCUCCGGUGGCGACCGGGUGCCCCUUUUCGGUCGUAGCCCGGUGGUUUCCGGAGGAAGAGGAGGCCGAGCCCGGGGCGGGGGCCGGACCCCCCGCCCCCCCGACCCCCACGGCGGAGGAGAUCGAACGGUUCGUGCUGGACUACCUGCGAGAGAAAGACGUGGCGGAAGGACUCGUCCCGGACUCCCCCGGGGAAGGAGAGGAAGCCCCGCCCCCAGCCGAGGGGGAGAGGGGCGACGGCCGUCGAGACGGGGAGACCCCCCUUCCGCCGCAGAUCCGGAUAGCCGAGGACGUGAUGGAGAGAUGCGUCCACCUGCUGUCCGAUCCGGAUCUCCCCGUCCGCCUGAAGGUCCUCGACGUGCUGAGGAACUGCGUGGUCGUCCUCCGCUGCCACGACCGCCUCCUCCUCCCGCUGGUUCAUCGAGCCUGGCCCCCCCUGGUGCGGCGGCUGACCGACGACGACCCCCUGGCCGUGCUCGGGGCCUUCGAGGCGCUGCGGACCUUGGGCAGACACUGCGGCGACUUCCUGCGGAAUCGCUUCUCCAAAGACGUCCUGCCCAAGCUGACGGACUCCCUGGUCGCCCGCGCGCCGGUCAGCGGCCGAGCCGGCCCCGUCUACCCUCGCACCCUGGCCUUCAAGAUCCAGCUGGCGCUGCUCCUCGGCCUCGGGCCCCUGUGCGUGAAGCUGGACCUGGACGAGCGAGACCUAAACAGAGUCGCGGCCUCCUGCUUGACGUACCUCAGCGCCCGGCAGCCCGUGAAAUUGCAAGAAGCCGCCAAGAGCGUCUUCCGCCAGCUGAUGAGAGCGGACCCGGACGCCACGUGGCUGGUCCUGAACGACGUCCACUGCCCCGCCGACUACCGGCCCCCCGACCCCCGCCUCCGCCCGGUCGCCCUCCGCGGCCGGGGCCUCCCGCGGGACGCCUGCGCGGCCAACGUGGCCCAGCUGCUGGGGGAGCUGCGGUGACCGCCGCCCGGCCGCUCGGAGACACGCGGCGAAGCCCCCCGCGCGGCACGGGAGACCCGUCGACGGGUCGGAUUCGCUGGACGCCGGGGGGGGGGGCCGGGCUCUGGGCCGAGGAUACUCGGCGUGAUGAUGUCGACGACGACGAGAGCGGUGUGGGUCCUCGGCCGGCGCCGGGGGGCCGAGGGCCGGGGGGGAGGUAAGAGG